UCAUUUUCAAUUCUUGUGAGUUUCAAUUAUUGUUAUCCCAAAACACAAAUAAGGAUCGGAGAAACAAUAUAUAUAUAUAAUGGCGGCGGCGCAAGAAGUUGAGAUCUCUUUGUUGAAUCAACAUAAAGAGAAACAUUUCACCGCCGGCGAGAUCAUCAGAGACAUCAUCAUUGGCGUCUCCGAUGGCCUAACCGUCCCGUUUGCCCUCGCCGCCGGCCUCUCCGGCGCUAAUGCCUCCUCCUCCAUCAUUCUCACCGCCGGUAUCGCUGAGGUUACUGCAGGCGCCAUUUCCAUGGGACUCGGAGGUUAUUUGGCUGCUAAGAGUGAGGCUGAUCACUACGCGAGAGAACUGAAGAGGGAGCAUGAAGAGAUCUUAACUGUACCUGAUACAGAAGCUGCAGAGGUUGCGGAGAUACUAUCACAAUAUGGGCUUCAGGCACAUGAAUGUAAUCCAAUUGUGAAUGCCCUGAGAAAGAACCCCCAAGCGUGGAUUGAUUUUAUGAUGAAGUUUGAGUUGGGCUUAGAAAAGCCAGAACCAGGGAGGGCGUUGAAAAGUGCAUUUACCAUUGCAGUUGCUUAUAUAUUAGGAGGUUUGGUUCCCCUAAUUCCAUACAUGUUCAUUCCGGUUGCAUCUCAGGCCGUUCUUGCCUCUGUAGCCAUAACUCUAGUGGCUUUAUUCAUCUUUGGUUAUGGCAAAGGCCAUUUUACUGGGAGUAAACCAUUUAGAAGCGCUUUUCAGACCGCACUAAUUGGAGCCAUUGCAUCUGCUGCUGCUUUUGGUUUAGCCAAGGCAGUCCAAGGAUAGUUGCUUGUGGUAAUGCAACUCAAUAUACUCCUGGGUUUGCAUUAAUUCAUUCCUUUUAUAUUAAUUUUGUAAGAUUCAUCCUCUAUUUUUAUUUUAUUUUUUUACAAUUUGGAAUUGUUUUUCUUGAAGGAUACAAUUUAGUAUUAUUUACUUUGUUAUAUUGCUAGUUUUUUUUUUUCA